CCGAACCCGUUGAUGUGCUAAAAGCAUUAGAAUUUCACAAUUCGCCAGAAGGAGUAUCACGAACAACAGGAUUUUGCACAAACAGAAGGGAUUCGAAAGGGUCGGAUGUUGCCUACAGAGUUUCCAAAGCAGCGCAGCUGAGUGCCCCGACAAAGCAGCUGUACCCAGGUGGAGAUUUUCCAGAAGAUUUUUCAAUAUUAAUGACAGUAAAACCUAAAAAAGGUCUCCAGUCCUUCCUUCUUUCUAUCUACAACGAGCAAGGAAUUCAGCAAGUGGGUGUUGAAGUUGGUAGAUCCCCUGUCUUCCUGUUUGAAGAUCAAAAUGGAAAACCUGCCCCGGAAGACUACCCACUUUUCAGAACAGUCAACAUUGCUGAUGGCAAGUGGCAUCGAGUAGCUGUUAGUGUGGAGAAAAAAAGUGUCACAAUGAUUGUUGACUGUAACAAGAAGACUACAAAACCACUCGAAAGAAGUGACAAAACGGUUGUUGACACCAAUGGCAUCACUGUCUUUGGAACCAGGAUUCUGGAUGAAGAAGUUUUUGAGGUCGUUAGAAAAACUGUGGGCACCCAGACAGAGGCCCCAUGCAAGCGUGUGGGUGUUCAGGCCUCGGGCUGCAGAGAGUGCUGCAGCCUGACGCUUGCAAUGGAGGGUAGUGGUGACGACACCUGUGUCAGAUGUGACCAGGUGAACUACCUGCUUUGCCUGGUGGCUGAGCUGAAGGAUGAAGUAGCAAGGCUGAGGACUAUCAGGGAGUCUGAGAGAGAAAUAGAUUGGUGGAAUUCCUUCCUGAAUAGUAAGCGGCAAGCUCCACGAGAAGUGGAAAACCCCCUCCCCUGUGAUCAUCAAGCAAAACAACUGGAGCUAAAGGAUGGGGAAGAGUGGAAGCAG